AUGAGGAUCCGGAUUCGCGGUCCGGCGGGACAAUCCACCGUCACGCUGGAUGCAGAUGCAACUGUCGACGACCUCCGGCAUCAGAUCACGGAGAAAACGGGGCUGACGGCGUACGAUGUAAAAUAUGGAUAUCCAAAUAUCAAGCCAUUGGUGCUGGGCGGGCUUCCUUCGAAUCAGAAACUAGCAGAUCUAGAUAUCACCCUAAACGGGGAACAACUUAUCGUCACACAGCAUGAGAACUCAGCCCAGUCCCCGAUCAAAAGUGAACCUCAAGCAGCAAAUCUUUUGUUGAAAGCGCCAGCUGUAAGCAGCACACCGAAGAAGGGUUCUCCUGAUGAUCCGCCGGAGGUCCCUUCGCCCGACCAUAGCGGAACCUUUGUUCUCCGAAUCAUGCCCGAUGACAACUCUUGUCUCUUUCGUGCAGUGAGUAGUGCAACUAUGGGAGGAGUAGAUGCCAUGACCGAACUACGAUCCGUUGUUGCGCAAACAAUUCAAGCGCACCCAGACAUCUAUACCGAGGCGGUAUUGGAGAAAAAGCCGGACGAAUACUGCCGCUGGAUUCAGAAUGAGGACUCAUGGGGUGGUGGAAUCGAGCUGAGCAUCCUCAGCAAGCAUUUCGAUAUUGAAAUAUGCUCCAUAGACGUGCAGACCCUUCGCAUCGAUCGCUUCAACGAAGGCGCCCCGAUGCGGUGUAUCGUGGUUUAUUCAGGAAUCCACUACGAUACAAUCGCGUUGUCGCCUUCCAGCCCGCCUUAUACUCACUCAGAUGUGCCUCCUGACUUUGAUACCAAAGUCUUCGACGCUGCAGAUCCAUUGGUCCUUGAGAAGUCGCAGGAACUCUGCCAAGUCCUGCAAUCUAGGCAUUACUACACUGACACAGCUGGGUUUCGUCUUCGUUGCAAUACAUAUCAUAAUGCGGCUGUUGGCGAAAGCCGCAAACUCUAA